AUGUGUCCAAAGUCACCGAAGACUUCCAGCUGUGUUUCAAAAGGCACGGAAGUCCAUGAUCUACCGCAAAAGUUUGUCUAUGUAUUAGCUCAACCUCUCAUCAUACUGCGUGUUGCACCCUAUCAGCCACAAUUUUACUCAAAUUUGGACAAAGCAUCAUUCUCGGAUCAUGCGUGGGCUCUGUCUAUUGUUACAGAUAUCAUUAUUUCCUGA